GCGCGAUCCCAGGGUGCUGUGCGCGGCGUGGGCUCCGCCAUCCCGCUGGGAGAGACGGCCUGCGCCGGGGUCCUGCCAGCGAGACGCCGCGGCCAGCGAGCCAGGGAGGCAGGCAGGGAGAGGAGAGAGCGUCGGCCCCAGCCGUCGCCGCCGAACGGCCAUGUCCGCGCGCAGCCCCUGAGCGGUACCGAGCCGCCCCUCCCCCGCGCGGACGCUCGCCUCAGCCGCCGCCAACAUGGAGGCCGUGAACGCCUUCAACCAGGAGCUCUUUUCGCUGAUGGAGAUGAAACCUCCUAUUUCCCGAGCAAAAAUGAUCCUCAUCACAAAAGCCGCCAUUAAAGCUAUCAAGCUCUACAAACACGUUGUCCAGAUUGUAGAGAAGUUUAUCAAAAAGUGCAAACCAGAAUAUAAGGUCCCUGGAUUGUAUGUUAUUGACUCUAUUGUUCGUCAGUCUCGUCACCAGUUUGGAACGGAUAAAGAUGUCUUUGGGCCAAGAUUCUCUAAAAAUAUUACUGCCACAUUCCAGUAUUUGUAUCUCUGUCCAUCUGAAGACAAGAGUAAAAUAGUCCGUGUCCUGAACCUUUGGCAGAAAAACGGUGUCUUUAAAAUAGAAAUCAUUCAGCCUCUUCUGGAUAUGGCAGCAGGAACUAGUACAGCUGCUCCAAUGACAGAAAACGCUACUAAUAAUGAAGGUUCGCCACCCCCUCCAGCAAAGGUUGCUUCGGAGCCCUCUCAAGUCACUGCUAACUCAGUACCUACUAUGCCACAGUUGCCCAGUUCUGAUGCCUUUGCAGCUGUAGCUCAGUUGUUUCAAACAACGCAAGGACAGCAGCUUCAGCAAAUUCUUCAGACUUUUCAGCAGCCUCAAAAAGCUCAGUCUCCGGUCAUAGAUAACACUGUGAUGGCUCAGGUUCAAGCUAUUACUGCUCAGUUGAAAACUACAGCAUCACAACCACCAGAACAAAAAGCUGCUUUCCCACAACCCGAGCAAAAAACAUCAUUUGACAAAAAGCUGCUAGAUCGGUUUGACUACGACGACGAGCCAGAAGCAGUGGAAGACUCAAAGAAAGAAGAUUCAGCUCCUUCUCCUUCAGUUUCUCAGCCUGCCUUGACCUCUCUCUCAUUCCAUGCACAAGCUGGAUGGUGCUCAGUACCUGGUGGAUUUGCAGGAGAAGGUAUACAACAGCCAGUAUUUCCUCAGCUCCCAAAUAUGGAUCCUUUUCAACAACGAAUGAUGGGAAUGCAACAGGAUCCAAUGCGCCAUCAGGUCCCACUUCCUCCUAAUGGACAAAUGCCAGGUUUUGGUCUCCUUCCUACCCCUCAGUUUCCACCCAUGGCUCAGCCUGUGAUUCCACCAACAGCUCCUGUGCAGCAAACUUUUCAGACUCCUUUCCCAGUGCAGAGUGAAUCACACAUGCAAAAAACACAUCAGCAGAACAUGGAAGUGGAACAGCCACCUAUUCAAGAAAGAAAACGACAUGUUUCUGACAACAGAAAGUCAAGAUCUAGAUCUGCAUCAAGGUCACCUAAAAGGAGACGUUCAAGGUCCGGCUCCCGCUCUCGAAGGUCACGUCAUCGUCGAUCUCGGUCACGAUCCAGGGAUAGACGCCGCCACUCUCCGAAGUCUCGAUCACAGGAAAGACGUGAACGUGAGAGGGAGAGAGAACGCAGGUCAAAAGGCCUUCCUCAGAUCAAAUCAGAAACUGUUAGUGUUUGUAGUACUACGCUUUGGGUAGGACAACUUGACAAAAGGACUACACAGCAGGAUGUUGGAAGUCUCUUGGAGGAGUUUGGCCCAAUAGAAUCAAUAAAUAUGAUACCACCGAGAGGAUGUGCCUACAUUGUAAUGGUUCACAGACAAGAUGCUUAUCGUGCCCUACAAAAAUUGAGCAGAGGCAACUUCAAAGUCAAUCAAAAAUCUAUAAAGAUUGCGUGGGCUUUGAAUAAAGGAAUAAAGCCAGAUUACAAACAGUAUUGGGAUGUAGAAUUAGGUGUUACUUACAUACCAUGGGACAAAGUGAAGCCUGAAGAUCUUGAAAGCUUCUGUGAAGGUGGAAUGUUAGACAAUGAAACUCUUAGUCCAGAGUGGAAGGGGAUUCCCAAGAAGUCUGAAAAUGAAGUAGCUCAGAAUGGUGGUGCAGAAGCUACUCAUAAUGAACCAGUGUCACCUAUACCUAAAGCUUUACCUGUUCCAAUUCCUGUUCCCAUGCCCGCACCAAUUACAGUACCUCCUCCACAGGUUCCACCACAUCCAUCAGGUCCUCCUGUGGUUGGUGCACUCCAGCCACCUGCUUUCACGGCGCCUUUAGGAAUUCCACCUCCUGGAUUUGCUCCUGGAGUGCCACCACCACCACCACCUCCAUUUUUACGACCUGGUUUCAACCCAAUGCAUUUGCCUCCAGGCUUUCUUCCUCCUGGACCACCCCCACCUAUAACUCCUCCAGUAUCUGUUCCUCACACUCCAGCAGUAAACAUCCCAAACUCUACAGCAGCUGGAGUAAAUGAAGACACUACAAAAGAUGCAUCUGUAGGAAAUCCCAUCCCAACAGUGGUUUCUGGAUCCAGAGGGAAUGCUGAAACUACUGAUAGUUCCAAAAUAUAUGCGACAGUUCCACCUCCCGUAGCACCUACUAAUGUACCUGCUCCUGUCACCCAAGCUAUUCCGCUUCUUGGCACCCAAGGAGUCGCACCACCCCCUCCGGCCCCUGUUGUUGGCUUGCAGACUCCAUCCACCGGCCUCCUGGGCGCCCGGCCGGGCUUGAUACCGCUGCAGCGACCGCCAGGAAUGCCACCGCCUCCUAUGCAGCGGUUCCCCAUGAUGCCGCCACGACACAUGCCGCCCCACAUGAUGCACAGAGGGCCCCCGCCGGGCCCGGGGGGCUUUGGGAUGCCUCCUCCCCAUGGAAUGAAAACCCCCUUCCCUCCGCCGGGCCACUUUGUUAGGCCCGGGGGGAUGCCGGGAAGCGGAGGGCCCAGCGGACCCGAGGAGAACAGAGACGGGAGGCAGUUCAGGAACGACAGGCAGACGUUCACCCCUAACAGAGACCAGGAGAGGUUCGGAAGGAGAUCUUUUGGCAAUCGGGUAGAAAACGACCGCGAGCGCUACGGCAACCGCAGUGACGACCGAGACCACGAGCGGCUUGGUAACCGUGACAGGAGAGAAUGGGGGAGAAGGAGCCCCGAGCGCGAUAGGCAUAGGGACAUGGAGGACAGAAACAGACGGUCCAGCGGACAUCGAGACAGAGAGAGAGAUUCUAGAGAUAGGGAGUCUCGCAGAGACAAGGAAGAAAACCGAGGAAAGGAAAAACCCGAGGUGACAGACAGGGCAGACGGUGAGAAAAACCACGAAUCUCACAGCGGCAAAAUGGAAGACGCAGACGUUGUUUCAGAACUUCCUAAAGGAGAGUCUGAACCUUCAGGUGUAAAGCCUGAGGAGGAGUUGACAUCCGAGGCUACCUCAUCCGUGGAACAAGCUGAAAAGGAUCUGAGCGCGGUGGCGGAGGCUCCUCGCUAGGGACUGGAAUCUCAGCCGAGGACAGGGACAUUUGUUGGAGUGUAGAGCUUUAGAGUUGUACAGUCUGCUGUAUUAUACUUGCUUCUGCUUCUAUCAGCCCCUCGGUAGUUGGCGGGGAAUUGUAAGCAAUUUGAUUGCUUCCCUUCUAUUUAAAAUAGCCACAACGUAACACAAAAAUACUGAAGAUAUGAUUAAAAUAUUACCCAUUUUUGCUGUAACUUUUUUAAAGUUUUGACUUUAAAAAGUUUACAAAUCAGAAGUAGAAGUGCUUUCUAUUUUUUUUUUUUUUUAAUUUAAGAAAAGGUAACGGUGAAAGCUCCUCAAAACAAUAGGGAUGUGUUUUUAAUAAACUCUAUUUUCGUAACAAA